GCUGACCAGCAGGUCUGGGUCCUGUGCCAGUGACUGCUCGAUGACUUCUCAUGACGCCCAAGAAGCAUGCUAAUGCGAAGCCGAAGACUGAUAUAACGAUCGUGUAUCUGCUCAAACGCAGCCACCUCAGCCCUCCGUCGAAUGGAUAACGCAGGAAGACUCUACCGCCCGAGACUACAGACAAGAUAUUGGUUCCUCCACGACCAUCCUGCCGCCCUCGCUGCUAGCGCGCUAGUUGCUCCAGCUGGAGACAUCGUGCCCAGUGGCUCUGUUCACCAGGGUGUUCCUCCGCGACAGAAAGCAUACGACACGCUGCGACACCUCGUGCAGUCCGCCGACAGCCAGGCGAGCACCAAACAGCACUGCGAGUAUACGACGCACCUAGAAAUCAUUGACGACCAGAGUCGUCCAUACGGGCAUCAGAUUCCCCUCACUCUUUGCCUCGCUUUCCCUGCACUCCAAUCCAUCGCGUACCACAACGCUCAGUGGCACGAGAAGACGCGCCUACACCCAGCUUUCUUCCCAUCGCUAUCGAUAUUCUCGCGCGUUGCGACCCUGGAGCUGCAUGCGUGCCAAUUCCACACCUUCCGUGACUUCACGUGUUUCUCUCCGCACUUCGAAGCCUCCGUGACCUGACCUUGUCAGGACGCACCUGGGACAGCAGCCGCUGAAUC